AAAGAACAAGUUCCUGAAAAGCACAACCCACGUUAGCAACCCAUUUGCCACCUCUGAAAGCCAGUUAUGGACAUCGUUAACCCCAUGAAGUUCCUUGUAGGGUCUGUUCUGUCCACUGCUGUUGGGAUCUAUAAACUAGCUGAGAAAGCGAAGGCCAAUAAAAAACAAUGUCACCGUAUUGGGGAGCGAGUAAAAGCCUUGGAGAGGGUGGUUAAUUCAAUCGACUCCAUAGAAGCAGCCCAGCUCUCUGCAGAGGUGACAAAAACCCUGGAGGAAUUAUCUACCGUCCUCAACUCAACUUUUGGACUAAUUGAGAAAUUCACUUCGUCAAACUGGAUGAAACGUUUGUAUAAGACCAGCAGCCAUGCAGGGGAAUUCCAAAUGGUAAAUGAUCGCCUCAGUGACAGCUUCCAAAAUCUGACUAUAGCUCUGCAACUGAAGCAAGGAAGUGACAUGGGCAAGCUGCUAAAGGAGGCCUACACGCGGGAGGAAGAUGAGAAGGACCGGAAGGAAGAUGAAAAAGAAUUAAACAGAAUGCUCAUGGAAUACAUGGAAUAUGUGGAGACCAUGCGAACAGAUCUGGAAGAUGUCAAAAGCAAUGUAGCUCAAGUCGUGGAGAUGUUGAAGAAGCCAAAAAUCAUUACCAUGGACAUCCGAGUAAUUAAAGAAGAUGAACUCUGUAUUCCAAAUUUGGACGAAUUGGACAACCUGACAGACCAAGGGCCGCAGGUCUACAGAGGAACAUUCAAGGACUUCACAGUGGCCGCCAAGAUAUUCACCAAUUUGAACACCACUGCAGCGGAGAUAAAGUCUGACUUCAAAAAAGAAGUUGAAACCAUGAAAAGGUUUGAGUCUCCUAACAUCUUGCGAAUGUUUGGCAUCUGCAUCCUGGAUGAGGACACUCCUAAUACUAAGUACCUCAUCAUUAUGGAGUACUGUGAGAAAGGAAGUCUCCGAGAAGUUCUGAGCUCUGAAUGUGACCUGUCCUGGACCAGGAAAGUUAGCAUGUGCCGGGAUGCAGCGCAGGGUCUUUACCGACUGCAUCAGACCGAGCAGAAAAGUAAGCUUCACACUGACAUCACCAGCAAAAAGUUCUUUGUGGAUAAGAACUACGGAGUCAAGCUCGGCGGUUUGGAACUGGCUCAAACUGAGACGUCGCUGAGAAAUGCAACGGUCAAUAAGCGAAAGGACAAAGACAUCAGUUCUCUGUGCUACUCCUCCCCCCAGAUGCUAUCUGAGGGCAUGAAACACUACUGCAAAAAGUGUGAGAUAUACAGCUUGGGAAUCAUAAUGUGGGAAAUUGCAACUCAGAAGAAGCCAUUUUCAGAUUAUAGUGGUAAUAAGGACACCCUUCAUGUAAAAGUGGUUGAAGAGCAUUAUCGAGAACCCGUUCCCCGUCAAUGCCCCGAAUCCCUGGAAGAGCUGAUCGAUGCCUGUAGAGGCCAUCAUUGCGCCCAAAGGCCACCUGCUGGAGUGCUGGUGGAUAAACUGCGAUGCUUGUUGGUAAAGUUAGAGCAGCAGUGAUGCUCCUCCGAAGUCCUCCUCCAGGCCCAAUCAUCUUCAGUGGAGGAAUCAAAACUGCAGAGGUUUUCUGUAACAUACUAAGAAUUAAGGGUUUUUUAAAUUGAUUUUAAGGAUAUUUUUUUAUUCAACUCAUAUUUCCCAAUUAUAAUCAACCUAUUCUAUUUUGAAUAGCCAAUCUCAGUAUUCCUAAUAACUUCAUUAAUGUUGAAAAGCCGUCUUAAGAAGAAAAUCCUUUCACCCUCUUUAUUGAUGGUGCAUAACAAAGCUGGAGUGCCAAUUUGAAAUCUCCUCUUGGAAAAGUUUAAUGAGGUCCUAAAUUUUCCAUGAUUUACUUGUAGAAAUUCUCAUACAGAAGAAAUACAUGUGUAAGUGUAAAUGUAAUUAAACUGCAUCCUAAAUGACUCCAAGCAAAAUGUGAGCUCUAGUUAGCUCCUUGUACUUGCUUAAUUUUUUUUACACCAUGUCGGCGCUUCAAAAAUGUGCCCUUUGACAUGCUGUGGAGAUUCUCUUGAUUGUUUUUCCUCUUUUGGUCAAAUUCUAGUUUGAUUUUCUAUGUUGUCUGUGCAUUUAUUGGUAGUUUGAGGACUGGAGCUCAGAUGGAUCAGCUGCUAUUCUGUGACAUGCAUCCCAGGAUUAAUUGGUCAAUCUGAAAUGCCCUCAUUUGCGUUUAGCUGCUGUCGCUGUUUCCACCCUAAUCUUGGGUUGGCAUGCUUUGCCAAUUCAUUUUUUUCUUGGAGUUCCCAUGUUCUCCCUAUGAAUGUGCUGGUUUUCUCCAGGGACAACUAAUGGUCUCCAAAACAUAAGUUAGCUUGAUUAGAGAAUGGCAAAAUUGGAUUGUGUCUCCUGUAAGGAAGGAGUCCUAACCAUGUAGUCCUUUGGCAGCAACUAAAGUUACCAAUUAACAAGGUUUUUCCUGAGUAAUCAGUGCUACAAUAGAUACAAAAAUGUGGAUACUGAAACAAAUCCAAGCAUAAUUGAAGCUAUGCUUGAAUUUUCUGGCAAAUUCUUUUUCUCCAUCCACUGUGGAGGCGAGUACAAUCAUUAAUUGGACUCUGUACACAAGGUGUCUUUACGUAACGGUGUGUCAGCAAUGGAGAAGAGCUCUGGCAGAUUCGGAUCUGAAGAUGAGGAGGCACAGCUCAGGCUGCAACAUAAAUACAUUACGCAUUAAAAGAGCUCAAGCCAGACACUUUGCCACCCAUCUCCUCUUUAUCAGUCAAUCAUUUUGUGCGAGAGGUGACAGUUUGGUGUAUCAACAACUUCUGUGCGCAGACAUAAGUAACAGCCUUCAACUGACCCGUGAAGCCAGACUGAAAAGGAAGCUCCUCUGUUUCAAAGCUGCGAGGAACAGUUUGCUUCGUGCUAAAUAUUUCAUGCGUGGUCAGUUUGUAGGGCAGUCAGUUCAUGCUUACCAGCGUGAUCUGAGGGGAUUUGGAAUUAGGAAGCACACUAUAAAUACAUGAGAGCAAAGGUCUUUCAGAACAAAAAGCUACAGAUUGAUUGCAGCGCCAAAGUAGUUUGGUAAAGUCACAGAUAUUCUAUGAAGUCUUUGAAGGCAGUUUAUACUGAGUUCAGUCAUUCACUGCAGUGACGCCCGAUCCAGAAAAGCAUUGACGCAUUACUGGUAGACGGUUUUACAGUUUAGCAAAAAAACUGGUCUGAUAUAUUUUCUAUUGCUGUAUUGUGUUAUAUUUACUGUUUUCACACCAAUAAAUCCUAAAUCUGUU